AUGUCCGGCCCAAGCCCACAAGUCGCGUCUAUGCUAGACGCCAUCCAAACGAACGGCGCUACCUUUCAAGACACAGGCAAUGAUGUAUCCAGAGCAAAGCUGCUCCAAGCAGCACGCUCCCUAGUCCACGAGCUCGAACCGCCCUUCGAAGUCCUCGCAAAAUUGAACUGGCAAUUGCCCUUCAUAUGGUCCAUUGUCCGUGUAGGACUCGACAUCGACCUCUUCUCCGCCAUGGUGGCCGACUCCGGUUCCCCCAAGAAAGUGAAGCACCUAGCAGAAGUGACUGGCUGUGAUCCGCCCCUUCUGUCCCGCUUCCUCAAACACCUCAACACCGCUGACUUCGUGCGCGAAACUGGGUCGGAUGAGUUCGAGCCCACGCCUAUUACGAGGGCAAUGGCGACACGUAGUGCUGCUGGUAUGACGAAGAACGUGUACGACUUCGCCAACGCAGUGAACCAUAUAUUCCCUGAUUAUCUGCGAGAAAGCGGCUACAAGAACCCCACCGACAAAGAUGCAACCGCCUUCAAGAAAGCCAUCGGCACGGACCUGCACUACUUCGAGUGGAUCGCGCAGCCAGGCAUGGAAGACAAACUCGACGACUUCAAAGCGCACAUGGAGUACAAGACGCUGGGGAAGAAUUGGUUUCAAUCCGUUGACGUACAGCAAAUAUUCGGGAACCCGACGGAUCCAGAGGCGGUGCUUUUGAUCGACAUUGGUGGUAGCUUCGGACAUGAUUUGAUUGAUUUCCACAGCGCGUUUCCGGAUAUGCCCGGGAAGCUGGAUUUUCCCAAGGGGAUCGAUGCGCAGGCGCACGAUGCGUUCACGCCGCAGCCCGUUGUGGGUGCGAAGGCGUACUAUUUGCAUAUGGUGCUUCACGAUUGGCCAGAUGAGUCAUGCCGCAAGAUGCUGUCGCAGCUUGUGCCUGCUAUGCAAAAGGGGCAUAGUAAGAUUUUGCUGAAUGAGAUUGUGGUGCCGGAUGUUGGUGCGCAGUGGUUCUCGACGAGUGUGGAUAUGCUGAUGUUGAUGUGUCAUUCGGCGCAGGAGCGGACGGAGGGGAUGUGGAGGGACUUGCUGGAGAGUGUGGGUUUGAGAAUCAGCAAGAUUUGGGAUUGCGAAGGUAAUCCUGAGAAGAUUAUCGAGGUUGAAUUGGCGUGA